ACCUGAGCAGUGCGCUUGCGUGUUACUAACAUCCCUCCUUUUUUUUUUUUUUUUUUUUUUUUUCCCUCCCUCAUCCUCGCCCUCGCCUUCGCCCUGCCGCAGCCGCAGGGAGUGGGGCGUCGUCCCCUCUCCCCUCCGCAGGGAGAGUAUCGAUCCGCUCCGGCCCUGCCCCCCUCACUAGCAGACCGCCGCCGCGUCGGCGCCACACGGUCUCCUCGGACAUCCUCGGGUGCGAGGACUAGCGGGGCAGCCAACGGCUCCCGGCGUGCACCGCGGCGAGCGCUCUGAGAGAGCGGACGGGAUGCGCUGGCCGGGCGGUGUCUCUUGAGUCUCCGCGCCCCGCGGCAGGGCCGCCGCGUACCCGGCUCCGACCGUCCCUGCUCAUGGGCCGCGGGUCACCGCGAGGAGCAGGCGGAGCGCCGCAGCCGCCCGAGGGACCGUGGCAGGUCACCUGGAUGUCAGCAUGGCAGCCACAAACCUGGAGAACCAGCUGCACAGUGCGCAGAAGAACCUGCUCUUCCUCCAGCGGGAACAUGCCAGCACACUCAAGGGGCUCCAUGCUGAGAUCCGGCGGCUGCAGCAGCAUUGCACAGAUCUAACAUAUGAGCUGACACUCAAAAGUUUCGAACUAACAGGAGACGGCUCUUCCAGAACGACGGAGCUGAAGAGGCGCUGUGAAGAGCUGGAAGCCCAGCUGAAGGCCAAAGAGGAGGAAAACCGCAAGCUGCUGCAAGAGCUGGAGCAGAAGAAUGCUGCCAUCGCCGUGCUGGAGAACACGGUCCGGGAGAGAGAGAAGAAAUACCUGGAGGAGCUGAAGGUGAAGAGCCACAAGCUGAGCAUGCUGUCGGGCGAGCUGGAGCAGCGCGCCAGCACCGUGGCCUACCUCACCUCACAGCUGCAUGCGGCCAAGAAGAAGUUGCUGAGCUCCAGUGGCACCUCGGAUGCCAGCCCGGCAGGCAGUCCUGCACUGGCCAGCUACAAGCCCACACCCCCCAAGGACAAGCUGCCUGAGACACCCCGCCGCCGCAUGAAGAAGAGCCUGUCAGCCCCACUGCACCCUGAGUUUGAGGAGGUCUACAGGUUUGGAGCCGAGAGCCGCAAACUCCUCCUCCGGGAGCCUGUGGAUGCCAUGCCCGACCCCACCCCGUUCCUGCUGGCCCGGGAGUCUGCUGAGGUCCAGCUCAAGGAGCGGCCUCUUGUCAUCCCUCCCAUCGCCUCAGACCGUGGCGCCAGUGGGCAGCACAGCCCAGCCCGAGACAAGCCACACAAGACGCACGUUGGGGUGGCUCACCGCAUUCAUCAUGGCCAGCCUGAGGGAGAGACGAGGGCCGUGGACCAGGUGAACACAGGGAAGGUGGUGCGGAAGCACUCAGGGACAGACCGAACUGUGUGAAGCCUGCGGCCUGCCACCGCAGUCUUCCACGCACUGUGAGCGCCACAGGGAACCUCGCCCGCAUCUUCCUCGCCUACCCAUGCCAAAUGUCUCCUCCUGUCGAAGCCUGGCUUCUGGCUCCAUAGUGACACAAUGCUACGAUGGUGUCCCCGCUGAAGAUAUUUACUGGCACUGUGGCCAACGCCUGCAUGCCAAUAGCUUGCUUCCAGCCCCACGCCAUGAGAUCUCAGCGCACUCUUAGAUGCGGCCAUGGCUGAAUCACUACGCCACACAGAAUCAGAAUCGCCUGAAGUCAAAGCAAAAUAAGGAGUUCUCCCUCCCCAGAUCCAGGGCAGCCUAUGAGAGCAGAGCAGCGGCCUCUGCUCCCUCCCGGAGACUCCUGCCCUGCAGAGCCCCUUUACCAAGCAGCUGUGUCUCACGGUCUUAGCAAGAUGGCCUCAACCCUGAUGUCCCAACCUGAUUGUGUGUUGAUAAUUUUUUUGUUAGUUUCAUCCAAAUGUUCAGGAUCCAACAAAUGUUAUUUUCUAACCCGCC